AUGUCUAAAUUACCAAAAUUCCCAUCAGGGAGUAGUGUACCGGUUUCAGCACUUCCUUCCCCAGCUGGCCGACGACGCUCAUCUACUGGCACCGCACAAAAGUCAACGACUGGCUUAAAGGGGCUCACUCCAGAGCAAGAAGCUUUACUGCAAGAGGCUAUGGAAAAGUACAACCCAGGAGCCGCUACUAAAGCGAACGAAUUUAAUAGUAGUUCUACCUCGGCCCCUAGCACUCAAAGUGACCUGUCAUUCCCUUCUAGUACUAUACCUAAUUCAAGCAACCAGUCAAAUAACUCACUGAGGAAGCCUGGUGCUAGGAGACCAAGUAUAUCUAAGGUGACUCGACAACCUUUAUUACCACCACUGGAUGAGAUGCCUACAGAUUUACCAAUUUCUACGACUCAACCACAAGCUUUGCCUUCAAAAUACUCUCUAAAUAAUUCAGUGCAUCAAUCAUCUAUUUCAUCUCAACGAUCAUUUUCGAUACAAAACCAACAUUCAACUACUGGAUCACCAUCCACAAAUAUAUUACCUGUCCAUCCACGUUUACAAUCUGUUUCUACUUCACCACGUCCUGCUUCACCUUCACUUUCACAAUUCUCAGUUGGAGAUCGAGUUAUCGCCGAAUCAAUGAACAUAAUUGGUACAUUAAGAUUUUUGGGACCCAUAGAUAUCAAACCUGGUACCUGGGCCGGAGUAGAAGUUGAUAUUCCCGGGACAGGCAAAAAUGACGGAAGUGUCAAUGGUAAAUCAUAUUUUACUUGUGCACCAAAAUCCGGCAUUUUUGUUCUCCCUUCAAAACUUUCAAAAGUUGACAAAGAGCCAGCUGGUUUACCGCAAGUGUCGACCUCAAUUAAACCUAACCCAUCUACUCAUAAAUUACCACGCCCUUCAUCCACUUCCACUAAUUCUAGCGACAAAGAAUCAUCUGGGAUUCCUUUUAUGGAUCCUAGAAUUUCCAAAAAUGCGCAGAAUGCUGCAUUGGCAACUUCCCGUAUAACUCCUGGAUCACGUGCCUCCAAGUAUAUUGGUGUCACGGCUUCUCAACUUAAACAAAGAUCUAAACCCACAAAUAUUAUCACUACACCUAUUACUGAGCCACAAUCUUUCCGCAAUCAGUCUCAGGAAACUAAAAAGACCUCAGGUUUAACCCGUCCAAGUUCAAAUAAUAAUCUAAAAUCACUAUCUUUAUCCCAACCCUAUGCAAAAAACCGACCGAGGAGCAAUUCCUCCUCCUCUAACGGAUCUGCUAUAUCCAGUGCAUCCCAAUCAGCUUCACAACCAAGAUCAGUAAUUUCACGUUCUCCAAAUCCGCCAAACGAUGCUUUAUCCCCUUCUGAUAGUGAUAUGACAGUCAUUGCAUCUAUAAAUGAAGAAAUGAGUAAUAAAUCUCUUCAAGAAAAAGUAAAAAAAUUGUUAAAUGAUUCGGAAAAUUCGGAAAAUGUUCCUUUAAGUUUGUUUGAUCAACAAGCUCUUCGGAUUCAACAGUUACAAAUGAAAAUUGAU